AUGAGUGGGCUGCCACCUGGCUACCCGUACGGGGCUGCCGGGCAGCCGCCCGGGUAUGGCGGGCCGCCGCCGCCGUUCCCUGGGAUGGCGCCGCCUGGUAUGCAGCCGCCGCCCGGGUAUGGCGGGCCGCCGCCGCCGUUCCCUGGGAUGGCGCCGCCUGGUAUGCAGCCGCCACCAGGAAUGAUGCCGCCGCCGGGCAUGAUGCCGCCGCCGGGCAUGAUGCCGCCGCCGGGCAUGAUGCCGCCGCCUGGGAUGCAUCCGGGCGCGCCGAUGGCGCCGCCCCCGAGCGGGGCCGGCGACGCCGACAUGGAGGAUGCCGACGGCGCACCUAGCGCGGAGAUGCUCGAGCGCGCGCGAAAGUGGCAGUCGCUCAACGCGCGGCGCUACGGCGAGCGGCGCAAGCACGGGCACAUCGACGCGCCCAAGGAGGACAUGCCUCCGGAGCACGUGCGCAAGAUCGUCAAGGACCACGGCGACAUGACCAACAAGAAGUUUCGGCACGACAAGCGCGUCUACCUCGGGGCGCUCAAGUACGUGCCUCACGCCGUCCUCAAGCUGCUCGAGAACAUGCCGAUGCCGUGGGAGCAGAUCCGCACGGUGCCAAUCCUCUACCACAUCACGGGCGCCAUCACCUUCGUCAACGACAUCCCCAAGGUGAUCGAGCCCGUCUACAUUGCGCACGGCACGCCCGUCGCGUUGCACGUCUCCUCGAUCGUCGGCGGGUCGCACGGAGAGCGCGACGCCGCGCCGCUCCCCGGGCAGAAGGCGUCCAGUGCACUGCGCUGCUCAGCACUGAAGAGCGACGACGCGUUCGACACCGCCGCGCACCCGUCCUCCUCGCAGCUCGGGGCCCCCGCGCAGCGCGUCACGCACUGA